AGCGCAGACACCAAACAGCCUCAAUUCGGCCACAACUGGUCACUCAGGCCGGUCGAUGGACCUCUGGGACCAAUUGACGCCGCCCAAAUGGUUUACACACUUUCUUCUGUCUGGACGGCCGUAGAGGGAUAGUGAAAAUUGUCCGUUGUUCUUCUCUAGCCGUCCUCGAGUCUCGACUUACACGCGAAACGGCUACUCUGGUUGGCCAUUGUGCGAUGCAACGAAAAGCGGGCCCCUUAAGCAAGCGUCAUCGAAAGGCCGGGAACGGCAUUGCUCGAGUCGCUGACCGAAGGUAACAGUACCCAGAGUAAUGGGCAUCAAAGAGCCGGCAUAUCCAGCAACUCCAUACAUUGGCAACCAUAACCCAAUUUAUACUCGUGUAGAACGACAAGAUCAGAAAUGUCCUCUUCGGUCCCUGUCGCAGAUGAAGAGGACAGCCAAACAUGUCACCACUGCUGCGCUCCGCUCGUCUCACUCACCCAUCCAGUCGAGGUGUCCGAGAUGAGAGACCGCGGUCUCCUCCAAAACGUCUUUUGCCUGCCGCCCCUCCUCGGCGCGUUACUCUUCGACAACGAGUCGAGCGACUGCCGCGACCACUGCGCGAAUGAACGAACUUUUCUCUCAUACCUCCGUCUCUCCAUGUACAUGUCCAUCGUGGCCGUGGCCAUCGUCCUCUCCUUCCACCUGAGCAAGACGGCAACCGACAUCGAGCUGCGCAUGGCUAAACCCAUGGGCGCUAUAUUUUGGGCGCUGUCUGUGAGCUGCCUUGGGGUGGGCAUCGCCAAUUAUAUGACAACGGUCAACAAGUACAGCAGAAGAGCAGCUAUCGUGCAGAGCGGGUGGAAGACGCAGGCGGUCAUGGGGACCAUAGCAUUGUGCAUUGUCGGGUCAUGUGUGACGCUGUUGAUCAUCAACAAGCUGAAUGAGCGUGCUGAUGAGUGA